CAAAUCCCCAUUAAUAUAAUCUCUUGCCGCAAAAUACAAAAUACUGACAUCUGCACUUCAAAUCACACCCCUCAACCAAUCCUCGCCAAUCGAUAGCGAUUCCGAUCUGGUCUGAGUUGGAAUUAGGCAUGAAUUUCAGGAGUAUGGAAGAAUUCUGGCCGUUCUACGUGAGCCAGCACUCGAAGGCGGCGACGCGGCGGUGGCAUUUCGCAGGAACCCUUUGCAGUAUUGUGUGCUUGAUAUACGCAGUGAUGUUUAAUCUGUGGGUAUUGAUAGUGGUGCCGUUGAUUGGUUACGGUUUGGCUUGGUAUAGCCAUUUCUUCGUGGAAGGGAAUGUUCCUGCAACUUUUGGGCACCCCUUUUGGUCUCUGUUUUGCGAUUACAAAAUGUUUGGAUUGAUGCUCACUGGCCAGAUGGAUCGGGAAAUCAAGAGGCUCGGUAAGAGGCCCGUCUUGCAACCCUACUAGGAUUUCUCUCUAUUCCAUUUCAUUUUAACACUUGUUGUCUUGUCAUGUUUUAAAUAUUACACUUUCUUUCUUCUUGCUGUGGAACUGGAACUCUUUAUGUUGUUCAAAUAUACCCACUCUUCUCGUUAA